UUUCCAUACUUAAAAUAAAAAACCUACUCAAAAACAAAGCUGCUCUCGUUAUUUGCCAUCUCAAAAAAACCAUUCAUGCCACCAUGAACCCUAAUGACAACAACCACAAGUUAUGGUCCUUUCGAAGAGCAGGAGAAGUAUUCGAUCCUACUCAAGUAUAUGGCCGCAACCCAACCCUUUUCUCAUUGAGGUUUAACCAUGGAGGAAACUUCACCAGUACCCCGGGAAGAAGGUAUCUCAACGGACGUAUAGAUUACUUUGACAUGGUGGAUCCAGAUGAAUUUUCAGUCAUUGAAGUCAUGUCAAUGGUUAGGGUCUUAGGUUAUCCAUCUAAUGAAGUGUUUUUUUACCACUUUUUGAUUCCUAAUCGAGAUUUGGAUCAUGGUUUGAGGGGCCUAUGGAAUGAUUCAGAUGUUAUAAACUUUAUGCAAUAUGUUGCCAACAAUAAAGUCAUGGACAUAUUUAUUGAGCAUGGGGUCUCUAGUUUGACUACAUAUGGCAACCCUUCAUCAAGACUUGUACUUGAGGAUGAUGAAGUUACUGAGGAUUAUGAAGUUUUUAGAGCAAAACACAAGGCUACUAAAAAGAUUGAAGGAGAUUAUGUUGCUCAGUACGGAAUCUUAAGAGAUUAUUGUGAAGAAUUGAUAAGGGCCAACCCAGGUACUACUGUGACUAUUGAUGUUGAAACGGAAUGCAACCCUUCAAAUGAAACAAAGCAGUUCAGGAGAAUAUACAUAUGCUUAGGGCCUUUGAAGGCUGGGUUUAAGAUGUGUGGGAGACAGUUACUUGGUUUAGAUGGUUCAUUCAUGAAAGGGCCAUUUCCCGGGCAAAUCUUAUCUGCAGUAGCUAUAGAUGCAAAUAAUGGUAUAUAUCCUGUGGCCUAUGCCUUGGUAGAAGCUGAAACAUGCAGUGCUUGGACUUGGUUCUUAGAAUGCCUUGGUCAUGACCUUGAUUUGUCAUCCAACUCUAACUUCACAUUCAUUAGUGACAGGCAAAAGGGCAUUAUACCUACCUGCUAUACGCAAUGUAUUUCCUAGUGCGGAACAUAGAUACUGUUUGAGGCAUAUUCAUGAAAACAUGAAGUCAAAGUGGAGAGGGGACUUAUAUAAGAACCAACUUUGGAAUUGUGCAAAUGCUACUACAAUUCCAUAUUUUGAGAAAGCAAUGUUAGAGAUUAAAACCCAGGAUCUAGCACUACAUGAUUGACUUAGAGAAAUUCCCCCAAAGCACUGGUCUAGAGCCCAUUUCACAGGAAGAUGUAUGAGUGAUGUGCUUUUGAACAACCUGUGUGAGGUAUUUAACAGGCAAUUAGUAGGGGGGAGGGACAAGCCUGUGAUAACAUGUUUGGAGUUUAUUAGGGAAUAUUUGAUGAAAAGAAUAGUUGUUGUGCACAAAAUAAUUUCUAAGUCUGCUGGCCCGUUGACUCCUAAGGCCACAAAGUUGUUUGAAACCAUCAAAUCUGAGGCCGUUAAUUACAACGUCAUCUGGUGUGGGAAUAACAAAUAUCAAGUUACUAGGGGUCCUUUAUCACAAUAUGCGGUUAAUGUUGAAACAAAAACUUGUUCUUGUAGAAAAUGGGAGCUAACUAGCAUGCCAUGUAGGCAUGCAGUAGCUGUGAUAUGGAACAUGAAACAACAUGGAAUGGAUGUUGGCAUACCAGAGAAUUGGGUUUCUGAGGUGUAUUGGUUAGACACAUGGAAGAAAGUAUAUGCUAACACAAUUGAUCCAAUAAAUGGAAGGGAUAUGUGGAUGCCUUCUGCUUGCCCAACUAAGCUUACCCCACCAAAGCAUCACAAACAAAUUGGAAGGCCCAAGAAAAAGAGAAAGAAAACUUCUGAAGAACUAAGUCAACCGGUUGUGAGUGGGAAGAUGUCUAGGAUUGGAAGCACCACAACAUGUGGAAAAUAUGGAGAAAAGGGUCAUAACAAGAGGUCAUGCAAGUGAGUGCCUCCUUCAGCAAGUCAGCAAUGAUGAUUCGGGUGAUGAAACUGAAAUUUUUAAUCAUUUAGGUUGUUUAACGUGAUGAACUAUGUUUAAUCUUCAAACUAUUUUAUCUUUGGGUUGUGAUGUAAUUAUUUUAUCUUUUGGGUUGUGAUUUAAC